AUGUCGGGUUUCACUGCUGGUCGAGCCACAAUGUCACAAAGACAACGGCCACAUAGGUACCUUAACGUUAUGAGAGCCACAAACACCGCACCUCCUCGGCCUUCCAAAUCCAGCGAAUCUGUACCUCGACCAUCACAUUCGAUCACGCCGCGAGUCGCCCGAACAUCUCUCGUAUUCCCUUUCUUGUGCAACGCAGCGAGUUGCGAUCACUACAUGCCUAACUCCAGAUACAGCGCUGUAUCACCUUACCCGACUGCUGGAAAUGAUGCAACUGACGCCUUCCAGUAUGCUCCAGCCACUUGUACGACGAUUUUGUCCAACUGCACUACACCGGAGCUCGUGCCUGGCCCCACAACUCAAACUUUUACUCACCCGAAUACCGCUUACCCUCCCCUACAACCUACUGUCUCUAACCACCGCCAGCCAAUUACCUUAUCUUUCACCGGCCAAUCGUUCAUGCACCUCAACGCAGGUUUACAAACAAGCCUCUCACCAAAACGCGGUUCGCCAAGUGCGCCGUUGGCCGAACCCCACAUCAAGACUAAUCCGACCGAUUCGUAUACAAUCCUACUAUUUAAUUCUCGAGCUAUCAACAAAAAGAUGCACCUUCUUGCCCCUCUCAUACUUCUCUCCAGUCCGCUUGUGGUGAUGGUAACUGAAACGUGGCACGCCGCUGAUAUGCCUGAUCCUCCGCUGCACAUUCCUGGGUUCAAGACGUUCUGUAACGGACGCAUAAAUCAACGAGGCGGCGGUUGUCUUAUUUACGUCAGCAAUGAAUUCCACGCAGCUUCAUUUCAAACCAUACUACCUGGAACUCCCGAAGCUUCUGUCUGGAUUCAAGCCACAGGAGGCCAAGUUAACAUCCUGAUAGGCUGCAUGCACAACCCACCGCAUCUGACUAGUACCAGUGCUGACGAAUUGGAUAAGCUCUUUCACGAAGUUUCCUUCCUUCCCGCCCGUCAUAAAAUAAUCGGCGGAGACUUCAAUAGCCCUACAUCUCGUGGCUUACUCAAUCAGCACCAUCCAGGUAUAGGGCCCUCGUAG